AGCCGGCUCGGCCGCAGAUCUCAGGAUCAUGAUUCACGAUCUAACAUUACCACUCGCUUCUUUUGGCAUGACGUGGAAGGCGUCAUCAUUGCUCUUCAUGACAUGUGGCCUCGCACCUCGUUUUAAUGCUGAUGGCGUUAUCUUACCAGAGGAGGACCUCAUAGUUACCACAUCUGAGGUUCUGCGCUUCAGAAGAGUUUCCUCGAUGAAUGUGCUCGGUGUCGAGAUCCAUUCUGAGUUCAAUACUCCUACACAUCCUGAUGUGGAUCAUCGUCUGUCCAUGGCACGCAAGAGCUUCUAUGGCAUGUCCAACUAUUCCAGGCGUUUUGCUGUGAGUAUUAGAGAUAAAUUUUGGAGGUAUGAGGAGAAGGUACAAGGUAUUGCAAUGUGCGGUAUCGAGGGUAUAACACUCGACAAUCAUUCUAUUCAGCGCAUGCGUUCCUUCGAAGGGCUCUGUCUUUGCAAAAUGUUCACUUGUCCCAGGGGACCCGAGGAGGAUGUGGCCACGUGGAGUCGGAGGAGGUACUCGGAAGCCAGGAGGAAGUUUCAGGAGAUGGGUUUCGCUUCCCUGGUUCAGAGGUUUCUUCGUGUUUCCUGGAACCUGGCCAAAGAUAUGCGCGAGUUUAUCCACGUGCUCGAGGCGGACACAUAUGAUGAGUGGAGGAGUGCAGGUCGGACUUGGCGUGACGUACGUGCGUGCUUGUGUGCAUAUGGUGCGAUGUGGGAUCGUAUACGUACGGAUGCCUCGGAGUUCCUUCGCAUGAAUUUCUACCUUCGUGAACCCAGUCCGAUGAAACGCCAGCGGGGAGGGGGCCUAGCUAUCGGACAGAGACACUGGGCGCACAUGUUGUCAGAGUUCUUUGGACCCAAGUGGUGGGAAGAUUUCCGUGCUACUCCUGGGGCCUUUGGGCAGUUCGCCGCACGCGUUUGUUCUCGGGAAAUGCUUGACUGUUUCCAGAUCCGUGCCAAAACAUAUAGUCAUCCAAGGGCUACUGGGGAGGUCCAUAUCCAAACACAGCAGGAGCUUCAGGAGUAUGGAGUUGAGGAGGGAUCACAAACUGCCAAUGAUCGUCUAGCUAAACGACUUGCUGUACACACAUCCAAAUAGGAAAAUGCCGAGUGGGAUCUUGAGGCCUUCGGAGUCCCCAUAAGUAUCCAUGGAGAUAGUCUCUUGGUUGUAUCAUGGUGCCAGGGAUACUGGCAGGCUAUCAACAAAUAUUGCCAGAGAAGGUUUGACAGGAUCAUACAUCGUCUGGAUGGUAUGUCUUUUAUAUUUUGCAUGCGCCCGUUUGCUCCUGGACGAGACCUUAUCGAACACUGCUUCAGGGAAUGGAAUACAAGGGCGGACGUGCUCACUCAUACUGCCCGGGAGGGCAUCGACAUAUUUCAGGAUUGUAGCGGGCAGCAGCCCAACGAGCAUUCGAAUCUUUACAGGCAUUGUGCCAUCGAUUGGCUUCGAUGGAGGAGUGUCGACGGCGGGUGUCGGAGUCGGUUGCUGGAUUGAUGUCGGUCGUGUCUCGCGGACGUGUCGUAAGCCGAGCUCCAGAGAUAUUGUGUGGACGGAGGUAUAUAGUGCUGCUUUCUCUACCGACAACAAUGUUUCAGUUACUGAUGCCGAAUUGUCGGCGAUUGAACAUAUCAUUGAUGUUCUUCCACGGGUUCUUCACACAUACUUUGAGUUUGAACUUGUGACUUGUGAUUGCGUUGCUUUCUUCAUACUUGUGUGUUCAUGCAUGCACGUGUGUCGUAUAAGAGCUUCGCUUGACGGCCACUUGUUCAAAAUAAGAGCUUCGCUCCCUGCCGCAUGCGUGUGGUGGGCGGUUUGGCUCACCUGUAUGUUGCCCGUUUCUUGCUUGCGACCGGGCCUGGCGGCUCGCACAGUCGACCGCAAAGACCGCAAAACGUCCGCUGCAGGUGAAAUAGACAUUUGCAGCCCCAACUUCUUUCCAAGCGGGCCACUUAUUUUCAGCGCAGCAAUGAAAUAACGUAGCUUUUCACCCGUUGUUCCUUGCUUCCCCCUGGAGCUAGAGCGCACUGGCUCUUGGCAUCCGUUCCCGCCUACGCCCUAGCUCGCAUCAUGCUUAACUACAGACAGUUUGGGGGGCCCCCGAAACAGGGGCACAAAAUGCUUAGGUUGCCUUUCCCCUUCCAAGGCAUGCCGGCUCUCAUUGCCGAGCGUACGUAUUGCCAGUAUGUCUCGACUAUCGGGGCAUUUGCGGGCAAUCCUUUGCUGGCUGGCAUUCCUCAAAGGCUCUCGCAGCAGUAAGUGGACAUGUUGGUACAGUCACCCCUAGCGGUUUGCAUAAGGGACGUGCGUCACAUGGACCCGUGGCAUUACAUGAUGCUCCUCAGUGGGACUGUUUUGACAUUUUCUCUAGCGCUGGCGGCAGACGUUGGCGCAAAGGCCUCGCCGCAAUGUCGCAAAAUGGCGCGGCAACGCGACAGCGCUGAGGCUGCGACUGGCGAGAAAUAUGUUCGGCAUGGUAUGUUCCUCUCCGGCUGUUUAGGGUAUCUUUCUCCUGGGGACAAAUAGCGCGAGGAGGCACGCAAGCACACGACCCAGGUCAAAACGAAUGGAAUUGUCGCCCAGCUCGACACGGCUAAUUCGACCCGCCCUCCCCUUCCGA